GUCAUUGAUUGGGGCGUAGAGCAAUGUCGCUCCCUGCAUGUCCACAUAAAAUCACCACCACGGCUACGUGUUGAUCCGGCCAGUGUCACUCUGCACAAAGGCGAUUCUCUGCGAGUGAGAUGUCUAUCACCCGGCAACGAUGAUAUCAAGCGAUAUGCACAACUCGGUUACAGUUGGUCACGAAAUGGCCAGCUAUUUCAAUCCGAUCCAAAAACUGUCAUGUGGGAAGAUCUCUAUCCGGAUGGUAGUAUUUUGAAAAUUAAUAAUAUACAAAAAUCUGCUGAAUAUACAUGUGUGGUCUCCAAUACCGUGAAACCGGUUUCGAAAAGUGUCUAUAUCACUGUAAUUGAUCGCAGUGCAGUACAUGUUUGUCAUGCGGAGACGGCAUAUGGUGUCCAUUGGCCUACAAGUGCACCAGGAGGUGUACCGGUUAUUUCUGAUUGUCCGAGGGGGUUUGAGGGAUUCUCAAAGCGUACUUGUGAAAAACGUGAUGCUGGCAAUACAACAUGGCUAACACCAGAUUUUUCGAAUUGUAUACGUGAUCAUUUACUGAAAAUCUAUAAUAAAUUUCGUGCCCUCACCUCAGGAUUUCAACAGACGAAUACAUCGGAUUUAUUAAAGGCCAGUUUGGAUUAUACCCUGCGCAGAUAUAAACAUUUUUUGCCAGGAGAAGCUGGGUUUUUGAUUGAUAUGUUACAUGAGCUCGAUAAUUAUUUGCAAUUGAAAGGCACUCAGCUGGAACGUGAAAUGGCUGCUGAGAUAAUUUUGCAUAUUUUAGAUAAAGUCAUGCAAAAUCCACAAUCAUUGAACAGUCAACAGCAAAUUAAAAAGUUGCAACUUUUAACGCAAUCAGCCGCAUUGAACCGUGAAACAAUUGCAGCAUCACAAUUAGCAACGUCCACAUCAACGGGUAGUAUAACACAGUCAGCUGCAGCAUCCUCAGGUUCUUCAACUUCCGCAACGGGGUCCCUAGCCUCCUCCUCCGCCUCAUCGUCGUCGUCAUCAUCAUCUUCAAUUUUAACUUUAACUCAACCAUCAAGAAUAGAUCCCAUUGAAGAUGCGAACAUUUUGAAGGCCAGCACGGGUGUGGCUGGCAGCAGUGGCAGUAAUCUUCGAGUUGUUGCAACUGCAACCGGAAAUAACCGACAAACUUUGUUAAAAACUGACAUUUCACAGUCUGUCGGUAAUGGAGCAACGGCUGCUGUUGCCACUGGUACGAUGGAUGUGGCCGCGGGCAUGGGCGGAGGUGCUGUUGGCCCAAAUAGCAUUCUAACAGUUGAUGAAGAUUCACUGUCUUUGGAUCGUCUCAACUCGUUGCGCAUCUAUAUGACAUCCAUAAAAACUUUACCCUUUAAUUUACGCAUAUAUGGUGAUGAUUUAUUUUCGGAUCAGCUUUACAUGGACAUUGGUUUAUCGAAUCGUUUACUCAACAUUAUGGCCAAUAAUACGAUAUUUGCCUCAGUUAUAUCAUAUAAAAAUCUGAAAAGUUUUCUACCCAAAACCUACUAUACACGUGGAAGUGAUCCCAAAGAAUCUGAUUACAUUUUGGCUUCGCGCAUCAUACAAACCUGGCUCUUUCAAUCGAAUCGCUCUAAUGAUAAUUUACGCGAACCAUUGGAUUUACCCUUCGAACAUGGCCACGUUGAGAUUAUAUUCCAACAUGAGCGAGCACCCAAAGAUAGUGAUUGGAUAGCUGUGUGUGGCCAUGAUUAUAAGGCAUCCUUUGAAAGCAGCUGGCGUUCAGAUUUGUGCAUAACCAAAAAUCUAAUGGAGAAUAUAACACGUUGUAUUUGCCCAGUUUCGGGUACUUAUGUGGUAAUGCUAACCAAACGUAAUAAUCAUUCCCAUCAUUUGAAUACCCCGCCACGUCCCAUGUUUGUGAUCAUUAGCUGUGUCUGCUGUUUGCUGCAAUCGUGCUCGGCCUUUAUUAUUUUGUUGCCCAUUUGGUUUAAUCGCCAGUGUGCCAUAACAUUUUUGAAAAUGCAAUUUUGUGUUUCGACGUCGAGUAUAAUGGUCAUAUUUUUAUUGGGAUUUUUGAAAAUGCUGCCAGUGAACUGGCAACCGGUAAUUAGUUCAUCAUUGGCAUCGUUACUUCUCCUGGGUAUCUCUACACUAAUUGCUAUUGCAUUAGUGAUACACUCGGAAUUGGUACCCAAAAAGGUAAUCCACCAACAACAGCAACAACAUCACCAUCAACUAAAUAAGAAACCCGCAACGCCAGCAGCAACAACAACUACAACAACACCAGCUGCUACCGCCACUAACAUAAUGGCCACAGUGGCCGGUAGUGCAACGCCACCACAACAAAAAACAACAACUGCAGUACAAAAGAAAACCAAACAUUCAACAAAAAUGGACCAAGAAAAGGCCACAACACCAUUGUCGUUGGCCUCGUCAUCAUCAGCAUCUGCAACAUCGGAUUCGCUGGCCAGCAGCAAUAAUAUAAGUAUCACCCAAAUAAGUGCCACGACAACACCAGUCCAUAACACACGCAAGGAUUCGGAGGCAUCGCGAGGCAAUGAUGGUAAUUCGCAGCAUACAUUACUAAGACGUUCAGCAUCGGCUCUAUUAAAGCCACCGGCAAGAUUCAGCAAGACAACGACACGCGGCAGCGGCAGUGGUAGUGGCGGAAAACAAAUGACAAUGGCCGCAUCUGGUGUUAGAGGAGCCAUUGGCAUUAGCUGGCUGCUGCCGUUACUGUUUGCGAUAACAUCGCCUUUAAUUUGUACAAUUAACGGUAAAUGGCCACAAAACUGGUGGUUGGAAAUUAUGAGCCAUUCCAUGAAUUCUGGAGCAGUAACUGCUAUGGGAACAAUGACAACAACAGCUGCCACAUCGGGAGUUGGCGGUUAUAGUACAACAACUACAUCCGCAUCUACAACGACAACAAUUACAGAUGGUUUUACACAAUUACGCAAUCAUUUCAGCACCACCGAGCCACCUUUGCUAACGAAUGGUGAUAGUGUGUUGGAAUUUAAUACAACAACCACAAUGCAAAGUGCGGAUAUGGCAACAAUUACUGCCACAUCGUAUAGCUCAAAAGCUGCCACCUCCCCGGCAACAACCUUCUGGUCGUCAUCCUCAACACGCCCUCAAAAUCCUCAUAUAUCGCUACACUCAAUGUUUAACAUGGAUCACAAUGAAGAUAUCUAUGCAGUGGGUGGUGACCCGACAAUAUCCUCCUCCGCCACUUCUCCUGCAAUGAUUGGACCAUCUAUGAGUUUUAUUUUAUUUCUGUGCGUUGAUAUUCUGUUCAUUUUGUUGUUUUUUGCUCUAUUUGCGAUUUUAAUCAAAAAACUUUUAUGGCUGUGGCAUAAAAAUCGUCGUGGCACAAACAAUGCCCUAGCACAUCAACUGGAUAAAUUCAAUACAGCCAUGCGACAAAGAAUUGGUCUGUUGUAUCGAACUGGCUGCCUGCUGUUAAUCAAACUUUGCACCGAUGCUCUAUUCAUUGUAUAUAGUAAUACAACAACAAUAACGCUGGAAACAUGGUGGUGUUAUCCUUUUGGCAUAUCGUGUAUAUUGAUGGGCUUUACCAUCCUUAGCUGUUUUGUGAUAAAACCUGAAUCACCUUUGCGUAAUCACAAGGGUGCCUUGGGCCGCUACUCAUCGAGUGAUAAUCUGAAAAAGAAACAACUCAGUUCCAGUAAAACAAGUCUAGAUGAUAACUACUGUACAGGGACCAUUAAUACACCAAUUAGUUUUUAUACAAAUCAUGAAAAAGAAUCUGAACUUAGCAGUUCAGCACCACCAUUGAUGCACAAAACACCACCAUCGCCGGCCAGACGACACCAGCUAGAGUUGAGUGCCGUGGUUGCAUCGGCAGCUGGUGCUGCAGCAUGUCAAAUGCCGGGCUUAACCAUAAUCUCCACAGCUCCUCGAUGUCAAAUGUUGCCUUUGCAGGAACAACUCCAGCAACAUCAUCCUCACCACCAUCAACACGUGGCAAGUGUGGAAACAUUUAUUGGCCCAACACCAUCUCUGCCACCAUCUUCAAUGGCCAUAACCCUUAACAAUGGCAGUGCAACAGCUACGGCCUGUGGUGGUGCUGGUGGUACCUUGGAACGUAAGUCGGCCGGUAAACAUAUGAUGACAUGUUUGCAACAACAACAACAGCAGCAUCAUCAACAUGGCAACAAUUUACAAUCCUCCAUUGCAAGUGGCACGUCCUCGGCGACACUAACAUCAAUAACAUCUCCACGAGCCAUGAGAUGUUGCAAUCUACUUGGCGGAGAACAACGGAUAACAGCGGCCGGAAAUUGUAUGCAACAACCACAACAUCAUAUUGCCGUUAUGCCACAAGUUGUUUCUGGCAGCUCAAUGGGUUAUUAUGAUGCCUAUGGAGCUGGUAUAACGUCAGCGACACCCGCAUCAUCAACAUCGUCGUCGUCAGCGUUGACAUCGUCUAUGACGGGUAGCUUAAGUCGUCGUAGCCAUUUGUCCGCAACACAUGCUUCACAUCAACAACAACUAGCAUCUAGCGGCGAUUAUAUUGGCGUAGAGCAUUUGGAUAUAUUGCAAAAUGUUGCCGGCGAUACCAUCAUUGGCCUACGUUCCACAGGAAAUACCAUGGGAGUGUGUCCCACAGCAACAUCAUAUCACCAUCAGGCACAAAUGUUGCCAACGGGUGCCACCAUUGUAUCCAUAAGUGGCCUAACAGCAGCACCACCACCACCCUCUUCCAUUGUGGCCAUGGCCAUACCAUCAGCUCUGUCCUGCAAUAGUUAUACAACACCACCACCGACGAUGACAACGGCAGCGGCAACAACACCAGCCAUGGUUACCACAACAUCGGUAACAACACAAACACCAAAAACUCAAAAACGUGUAACCAUCAUGGAACCCACCACACACACUUUUGAUCCUCUGCUGCCAACAAUGGUGGCGGUAAUGCAGGGUAGUAGUACCACAAACACGGCAGCGGGACAGGUCCAGCAAUCUAGUAGUGGUGUAACAAAAAUUAAUAUAAAUAAUAGCAGUAGUGGUAAUGUAAAUAUGGAGGAUACCACGAAAACCACAACGAGAAGUGGAGGUGUGGCUGCUGAAGUUAAAGAGGAUGCGACAGCCAUGCUGGAUCGCAUUAGUCAUGAUUUAAAUUAUUUACUCAAUGGCGCAGAAGAUGAUGAUCAAAUACCACCACCACCUAAACCACCAAUGGGUUCAAUACCCAAUGAAUCGACAACAGCCACAAAUGCUGAGGUGAUAUUUAGUAAAAAGGAUGUCCUGUAA